UCUACCUGUCUGUAUUCUGUGACUCAUGCGCCCGAGCUGAGUGGGAGUUCCCGAGUCACUGAGCGUGUAAAGUGAUGUCAAAGCAGGAGGCGGAGACUGAGAGGCAGCGCUUUAUCAUUCCAGCACACUGUAAACACUGUGCUCGUGUACCCAACAGAGAAACAGUCGGAGGAGAAGAGGCGCAGCACAGUGUCAGGUUGGGAGCAGCAUUUACAAGGAAAUAAGGGUUUUUAUCAUUCCUGUUUCUUGGGAAGAACAAGGCUCUGGAAGACCUGACAAUAUUGCAGAACCCUCCCUUCAGUUAAGACUCCAUUAACCUAAUUAUACUGUGGGUAGCUGUCUUGUACCUGUAAAGAACUGGACAGGUCUUACAAUUUGAAGCGCCCAUCUUUUAUACCUCACACAAAAAUUGAACGACCACCUAAACCUAAAGAGGAUAUAUGGCUUCACCACAGCUCCUGCGCGAAGUAGAUUCUGUGGAUACGCAACUAGAUGUGCAUAUGGAAGAGCAUGCCAGUGACCUCUCGAAUGGAUUCCAAAGUAGCAGCCCGUCCGGCAACGAUGAAGGAAGCCAAAGUCAGCCCAAGCAAAGCACUUUACCCAACGGCCUGAGGAAAAGCGGCAGGAAGCACCAGGACUACAUUAAGAUCUCUGUGCCUGAACCAAAGAACCGUCUGCCACUGGAAUGGUGGAAAACAGGCAUUGCCUUUGUCUACGCCCUCUUCAACCUGGUACUAACCACGGUCAUGAUCACUGUGGUGCAUGAGAGGGUCCCGGCAAAAGAGACCAGCCCACCCCUGCCCGAUAAGUUUUUUGAUUACGUUGGUCGAGUUGAAUGGGCUUUUUCUAUAUCAGAAAUAAAUGGGAUGAUUUUAGUAGGACUGUGGUGCUGCCAGUGGCUGUUCCUUCGAUACAAGUCAAUAGCAGCAAGAAGGUUUUUCUUCAUAAUGGGAACCCUUUACCUGUACAGGUGCAUGACCAUGUAUGUUACAACGUUACCUGUGCCCGGUAUGCACAUGAAAUGUGCUCCAAAGCUACACGGAGACUCCCAAGCCAAGCUGCAGAGGAUCCUGAGAUUGAUUUCGGGCGGCGGCCUGUCCAUCACAGGCUCACACAUCUUGUGUGGUGACUUCCUCUACAGCGGGCACACUGUCAUGCUCACACUGACCUACUUGUUCAUCAAGGAAUACUCACCCCGUCGCUUCUGGUGGUACCACUUGCUGUGCUGGCUGCUGAGUGCUGUGGGAGUGGUGUGCAUCCUGGUGGGACACGAGCAUUACACAGUGGAUGUGGUCAUUGCAUACUACAUCACCACCAGACUCUUCUGGUGGUACCACACCAUGGCCAAUAUACAGACACUGAGGUCCUCUCCUCAAAACUACCUGUCUCGGAGCUGGUGGAACCCAGUGUUCCGGUUCUUUGAGAAGAACGUGCAGACCCAGGUGCCUUGCUCCUUCUCUUGGCCAAUCGCCUUGCCUCCCAGCUGCUUCAAGUCCUCCUGUAAAAACUACUCCAUGGUUCAGAGCACCAGGAGACAGUGAAGCACGUGUGCACACACACAUACACACACACACACACACACACACACACACACACACACACACACACACACACACACACACACACACACAACCAUACAGCGCUAUGGCAUGGAACGCCUUUUUUUUCACAAUGUCAUGAACACUUUGAAAGAUAAUAGAGACCAAAACACUAGCAGUUCAUGCCAAAGACAACAAAGAAGUGCUGAUAAUAUAUUAGCCAAUAGGACGAUAUACAAAUGAACCUGCUAAAUAAGAGUAUUUUUCUGGCAGGUUUUAAACGCAUUUACUUUUUUUUUUUUUAUAUAUUACAAACUGUCUACAGAAACAAAAAAAAUCUAUUUAUAUCAGAAUUUCUGUGACCAAGUGCUUGAGAAUGUGUGUGAGAUUGAGUGAGUCAGUGGGUGUCUGUAAAACUUAAAGAAUAUGAUUUUCUGUUAAACUAUGUUCCAUAAUGUUACAUAUUUUAAAGACAAAACAGGCAAAAGGUUAAACUUGAAAAUAUAAACUUGACAUUUAUAUGUAUCUUUAAGGUGAACUAUUUGUUAAAUAAGUUUAAGUGGUUGUACCUAAAGAAAUAUAUACUUUGCUAUAUAGGUAGUAAUCUAAAAUACCGAUCUAUAGAGGCCUCAAUUGUGCUGUUUGAACUAAACAUUAUAUCACAAAUAUGUACAUUAUUUCCAUUUUGAAACAUGGUAAUGCAAAGGGUGUGCAGUCACAGUCCUGAAGGGCCAUUCCACUUUGGACACCCCUGCAAUAGAUAAAAGUCUUCCCUACCAGGACACUUGCACUUUCUUGGUAAUUUUCCCUCAGAAUUAUCUUCAUCUUACUGGCUGCAAAGCAUGAAGGACAUUAUGGGAGGCAGCUGGUUGUUUACUAGGAAAGACAGUCCUACAAUUUCACUCUCCAGGUGACAUUACAAGUGUGAGACCAUCAGAAAGGAAGGCCUGCAAUCUGCUUUUACCUAGUGUAGUUCCAGGUAUAUUUUCUAUAAUGAAAAUACAUGUUUGCUAAAAAAAAAAAUGUAUUUCUCGCAAAACUACACAUUUAAGGUCUAUAUAGUGAUGGAUGUGGAAAAUGGCUGGAAUUAUUUUGUUAGCUAAAAUUACUACAAGAGCUAUUUCCCAUGUCUUUUAUUUUUAGCUUCAGUUCCUUUUCAGAGCCCCCCACCCCUUAUUGUUUAAUUCAGUGGAGGAUACAACUAUUAAAAACACAUAUGAGCUGAUAAAUAAUCAGAACUGACCAGAAAAUUUUAUGUUUACAGUUGUAAUCUUAACACAGCCAAGACCAAGACUGGCGGCAGCUUUGCAGUGGGUCAGAAAUCACAGACCAAAGAGUCUGAUGUUAUGAUUGUCUUUAAUAUAUGCAUAAGAUGACUGCUUGGUUGUGUCCUUAACGAUAAGAUCUGAAGUUCAAAACUAUUUUACCUCUGGUGGCCGCCAUUUGAAUUAAUAUGACAUGUAAUCACAUGAAAAAUCUCUGUGGCACGUAAGAUGAGCUUGGCAUGAAGUAAGCAGUGGGUUAAUUUAGGAGUUUCUAGAUUGCAAGACAGCCUAAGAAUCCAGGCAAAUAUGUUUUAAAAGUGCCAAAAUGUAUUAUAUAUAUAUAUAUAUAUAUAUAUAUAUAUAUAUAUAUAUAUAUAUAUAUAUAUAUAAAUGAAAAUACAGCUCAUCCUGGGAUCUUUAUUUUGGUAGAGCCAGUUUAAAGCAUUGCCUCCUUUUUAUUUGGGAGAUGAUCUUCAUUGCACUUAGAUACUGCUGAAACGCCUUAAUUAUAGCAUGUAUAUGGAGACAAAAGUGUUAAUUGUGUUACAUUACACAACUCAUAUUCCACAGCCACAUAGGAAAACAAAGCCACCUCUUAAGCAGCUGCAGAAACAUUAUUUUAAUUAUGUUGUAGUCUAUUGUGUAGCAACUCUUGUUUUGUAGAAAACAUAUUUGUUUUUGACAGCUUUUUGUAACGUUAUAGUAAAAUUAGAUGCGCAAAGGUUUACGGUGGGCUACUUGAAAAAUAUUUUCUGGGCAAGCAUUUACCUAUCUUUUUUUUUUUUUGGUUUGUUUGUUUGUU